AUGAGUCACAAUGAGAACAAAGAGCGAGCUCAACGACUGAAAUUACCGACGUCUGUGGUGGCGAGGAUCGUCAAGAAUUCGCUUCCAGAAAACGCAAAAAUAUCGAUAGAAGCAAAAUGUGUCGUUUCGCGUGCGGCCUCAGUCUUCGUUCUCAACAUGGCCACUUUUGCAACCGACCAUGCCCAAGGCAAGAAACGCAAGAUGGUUCAAGCUGAGGACGUGCUAGCAGCACUGAAAGGACUCGAAUGUGAACGACUCGACCAAAAGAUUUCUCACAUGGUCGAGGCAUGGAAACAGAAGAGAGCUGAAAAGACCGCCGAUGCAGCCAAGAAACGCGCCGAUAAACGAGCAGCCGCCAAAGAUUCUGCUGCUACAACGGAAAUUUCAAUGGCUCCUCAAGAAACACCGACUGAAGACGAAUCGAUGAUUGAAACUACUGAUGCAAAACAAAAACACUCCGCAAUCGAAGACGUGAGCAUGAUCAGCCGAGAUGAGGACAAUGAUGAGUCGAGCCACAUCGCUGUUGCCGAUUCUUCAUUCAAUGAAACCCUUCCCGAAACGGUCCCACUA